CCCUCACUCUCUCCCUGUCUGUCUCUGUCCUCACACACACACACACACACACACACUCACACACACACGCGCGCGCUCACACACACUCUCACACCGCUCUCUGUCUCUCUCUCUCUCCCUCUCUCUCGUGCACACCAUGCGUACCUGUCCGGAGCUACUCCACCACCCCAUGCUGGAUUUUACUCACGCGUCUGGCUGACUCCGACGCAGAGACAAGAUUCUCGAAAAGGAUACUCCCGACCCUGCUGAGAUUUGAUUUUUUUAUUAUUAUUAUUAUUUUUCCUCCUCCGUCGCGUCGUGUUUUUUUUUUUUUGUUUUGUUUUUUAGUUGUUUUUUUUUUUUGGUGUUGCUGCUGAAGGCUGGGAGCUGUGCGUAAAGGGUUUGGAGGAGGAGGCCUCGUGCUAUGAGAGUUGACUGUUGAGCCAGAGCCCCAGAUACCCCGACUGCUCUCUGUAUUCGUGUCCUGUGAGAACUGUCCAACCAUGAGGAGCAGCUCUCACGCCCUGCCUCUUGGUGUGCUCACGGCUCUGCUGCUGUCUCAGGUCUGCUCCGGCAUCAAAUGGCUAACGCUGUCACACACCCCUGCGUCUUUACACAUCAACCAGACCCAACACUGUAAGCUGCUGCCCGGGAUGGUGUCCUCGCAAGCUCAGUUGUGUCGCAGCAACCUGGAGCUCAUGCAGACCAUCAUCCAAGCGGCCCGCGAAGUCAAGAAAACGUGCCAGAAGACCUUCGCUGACAUGCGUUGGAACUGCUCCUCAAUCGAAAUCCCCGCUGAGUCCCCGAAGUAUCGACCAGACCUCGACCGAGGAACAAGAGAGGCCGCGUUCGUCUACGCCCUGUCGGCAGCGACCAUCAGCCACACCAUAGCUCGGGCGUGCACCUCCGGAGAUUUGCGGCUGUGCUCGUGCGGUCCGAUUCCCGCGCAGAUCCUGGAGCCCGGCUAUCGCUGGGGCGGCUGCGCUGACAACCUGCACUACGGCUUGAUCAUGGGCUCCAAGUUCUCUGACGCUCCCAUGAAGAUGAAGCGCGCGGGCUCUCACGCUAACAAGCUGAUGCACCUACACAACGCUGAAGUCGGCAGACAAGCAUUGAGAGACGCGCUGGUGAUGAAGUGUAAGUGUCACGGCGUGUCCGGCUCCUGCUCCAUAAGGACCUGCUGGAAAGGCCUGCAAGACCUGCGAGAGAUCGCCAUGGACCUGAAGACCAAGUACCUGUCUGCCACCAAAGUGGUCCACCGGCUCGUGGGGACGCGCAAGCAGCUGGUGCCCAAGGACAUCGACAUCAGGCCGGUGAGGGAGAACGAGCUGGUCUACCUGCAGAGCUCCCCGGACUUCUGCUCCAGGAUCGACAAACAGGGCUCCGUUGGCACGCAGGACAGGCAGUGCAAUAAAACCUCCCUGGGCAGCGACAACUGUGACCUGAUGUGCUGCGGCCGUGGCUACAACCCUUACAUGGAGAAGCUGGUGGAGCGCUGCCACUGCAAGUACCACUGGUGCUGCUACGUAACCUGCAAGAAGUGCGAGCGGAUCGUGGAGAAAUACGUCUGCAAAUGAGUCGACGCCGGCCGCAACCAGCCGGUCCCCCCCGAGGCUACAGAUUAACCAAAGCACUACCAUACCAAGAAGGCUUACUUUUGUCUUAAGCUUUAGCAUGUGUAUCUCAAGGAGAAACGGUCUAUUCUUGUGUCAGUAUCACUUUUUUGUAUCGAGUCUCCGAGCUGACAGUUGGGCUUCUGAGCUUUUUUUUUUUUUUUCCCGCUUCACAAACCUGGAACGCGGAGAGUGUGGCGACAGCGCCGGUUUACGUGAAGACCGCCGUCCUCCUGGGUAUUUCCUUUUUUUCUUGUUAUCGAUUAUAAAUUCCUCUCACAGGGAUGUUGAAAGUCUAUUUUAUUAUAUCUCUAGUAAAAAAAAAAAAAGAAAUAAUAUUGGAUUUAAUGCUGGAGGAGAGGGAUUGUUUUUUUUUUUUCCCCCUCACUAGACUGAGACUCAUGUUUUGGCUUCAUUCCACGGAAAUCCAAAGGGUUCUGAUGGAUCCAUGCUGUACUUUUUUUUUUCGGUACCAUUCAGCUUUUUUCCUCUGCAGCGAUGGACAAUGGAGGAAAAAAGGGAACACAAAGGGAAUUUCAAGUACUUUUCAAUCAUGGAACUUUUUUUUUUUGUUUUUGUGGUUGACGUUUUUGGACUCUCGCUCAUGUGUCCUGCAUGGAUCUUCGCAUGGCCCGCAUCCCUGUGGAUUGAGAGAAGAGGAGCAUUGAGGACUUUGUAAAACAGUGCAUUAUCUCCUUUAUGUCUGACAUGCAGUUCAAAAUAUAUUCUAUUUUUCAUGAGCGUAUGAGCUGAACUCAUGGAUUUUGUAAACCACUUUUGUGUGGAUGUACAUACUGUUAUUUUGUAUACUGAAAUAAAGAAAGAAGUAUUUAUAAAAUAAUUAA